GUUAAAACGUAUCCACGGUGAUAGCUUCCACUUGGUUCAUAACCUUCAUAACCAAUUUUGAUAUUUCUGACAUCAUUUGAAGGAGCCAUGUUGUGUGACGUUGCCGGAGAAAACGAAACUUACUGUGGGUAAGGCUGAAUUCAAACAGCCCAGACGUACGAAGGACAAGACGUGGAAGUAGAGAUGAGAUGAAAAAGAAAAAUAUAUAGUAUUCUUGCACUUUGUGCUCGUAAUUUAACUGACAUUCCGACUAGUCAUUUAUAAUGAACGUAGCUAAACUGAACGAGUAUGCACAGAGACAACGCUUGGAGCUGAAAUAUGAGGACGUUGGAUCCGUUGGCCCUGAUCACAUUAAAACAUUUACCGUAAGAGCAGUCCUGGAUGGUAAGGCGUAUCCUGAUGGCGUGGGGAAGAACAAGAAGGAAGCCAAACAGAACGCUGCAAGAAAUGCCCUGAGGGGCUUGUUGGAGGAACCAAUCGACCCUACUGGAGAAGAGAAAUACAGUGGCACGCCAAGCAAACCAAAGGAGGAAUUGAAUCAAAAUGUGUUGGACAUCUGUGAAAAGACAAAGAGCUUGAGUGUGAGAACUACAGGCGACGUUUUUACAGACACAAAUUACAUAGGAAUGAUCAACAGCUACUGUCAGAGAAAAAAGCUCUCCCAUGACUACAUCUUAGAGAAAAGAUGCGGUCCACCUCAUAACCCUCAGUUUUUCUACAAACUAGUGAUCAACAAUAAGGAGUACCCUGUGGGUGAGGGUAAGAAUGCCAAGGAAGCCAAACAGAAAGCAGCUCAGCUGGCCUUGUCUGCUCUUCAAGAACAGACAGAUUGGGACAGCAAGGUAUCUGUUUGGCCAGCUGUGUCUGAAGACAGUGCGCCAGCCAAGCUGUCCACCCCACCGAGCACACCGGACUCCCAUGAUGCAAAAUCAAAAAGCGUGCCAGUGACAACUACAAGUGACUCAGCUGUUUUCACCAAUUCAUUGAAUCCUCCCAAGGAUCAGAUUCAAAGUCCUGAUGUGAAGCCCAAAAUAAAAAUUGCAGCAAAGUUCCCAAAUGCCUGCAAAAACCAUAAAGAGGAUAUAAUGGUCAAUUUCAAUGUCAAGAAUACAGAUAAUAGUCAGAGUGAGAAAACAACAAACCAGUCAGCGAUCUCAAGGUUUACAUCAGAUUUUGACUCCAUAGUGUGCCUUGGCAAAGGAGCCUUUGGUCAAGUUUUUAAAGCUCAACAAAAACUGAUAAAGAAGUAUUAUGCCAUAAAAAUUGUCCGCUGCAAAGAAAUAAAAAAAGCUCUACGAGAGGUUAUGGCAUUAUCAGACCUCCAUCAUGGCAACAUUGUUCGAUACUACACAUGUUGGUUGGAGGAUUCAGGAUACCAAUGGGACAAGGCAGAUGACAGUGGUAGCACUUCACAGUCGACUGGUAAUUCAUCGGUAAAGUACCUUUAUAUUCAGAUGGAGUUGUGUGACACCAGAACCCUUAGAGUGUGGAUUGACGAGAAGAAUAUUCAGAAUGUGAAGAAAUCUCUGCGAGACUCCAAAAGAAGAGAUGAGAGUCUAACUAUUGCUCAGCAAAUGGUCAGUGCAGUCGAGUACAUUCACUCUAAGAUGCUCAUCCACAGAGACCUGAAGCCUGCCAACAUCAUGUUUGGGCAAGAUGGAGAAGUGAAGAUCGGAGACUUUGGUCUGGUCACUGAUGAGAAUGAUGAUGAUGCUGAGAACCUUUUGGAGAGAACUGUGUACAAAGGAACCCCAUCUUACAUGGCUCCUGAGCAGAAGAGAAAGAGCACUUAUGACCGAAAAGUGGACAUAUUUGCUUUGGGUUUGAUAUAUUUUGAGCUCCUUUGGAACCUCUCUGUCGGCAACGAAAGGAAAGUGAUUUGGGAUGAUGCCAGAAAUCAAAAAUUUCCUCAAGGAUUUCCACAAAAUUUUCCCCAGGAGACCAAAAUCAUUAAGUCAAUGCUGUGUGCGAAGCCAGAAGACCGACCUGAAGCAAGUAAACUAAAGAUGGACUUGGAAGAGUGCACUCGUACACUUACAAUGUUUAAAGAUAUGCGUCGUGACAAUAGGACUGUCUGAUUAUUACAAGGAAAUACUCAAUCAGCAAAAGUAUCAGUCAUCACAAGCAAGACUAUUUAUUCAGCAAGUACAGUAAUUGCAUAAUACUUUUUCUUGCAAGUGUUUGAUUGCUACAGGGGGAUGCCUCUUUGAAAACUGUUUUCAUGAACUGAUGUGAUGAAAUGUAUCAUAAUUAUGUAGUAUUGAUGAGAGAAGGCACAGAACCUUGUGCAUUUUAUAAUCAGGGAAUUGUGUCAUUCCGUGUCAAAUCAGGUAUAGGUUUUGUUUACAUUUUUGAUUUAGUUCAAACUUUAUGUAUAUGCAUUUGAGACCAUAUAUUUUGAGAAAUGCAUAGAGCAUUGCAUUAUUUUCGCACUCUUAUAUAUAGAUAACUGCAUCAUUUUCCCAACCUAACAAAACAUCUCUCAGGCAGGAAGCCAUUUUUAGGGUUCAGUAUCUUCAGAAAUAUAACUCCUAGACUUGAGGACCUAUAGCCAUGAUAUUUGGUGGGGGCAUAAACAAAACAGCAUACACCAGAUCCAAAUGAUUGAAAGGCACAAGCAGAUGUCAUAUUUGUAAUUGCUGGCCCUUGAAAAUGGAAAAAAGUUCAGAACAGUUAGUUUUGCGGCCCCAGGCAGUACCCUAAAGUAUAUACACAUGGACCUUUCCAUACUUCCGGCGGGAAACAAUAUUUGAUUGAUGUACCAAAUUGCAGGGGCUUUAACAUAAACUGAAUCUUACAUAAAGCAAUUAUCACAAGCCAA